AUGCCGCCGGCAUCAUCGUCAUUCUCCCUGUCGAAGCUUCUCCACCGCCGGAGAGGUCAUGGCUCAAAGCACUCUGCGAAGCAAGGAUCUGAGACCGAUGAGGACCGGAAUCCACCCAGGGAACGCAUGUCUCUGCCGGAACGACUUUGGAAUCAAGCCUAUGACAGCCUCAAGGCCGACGAAGCCAAAUUGGUAAAGGCUUACGAGGAUUUCUUGUUUGAUAGAUUUCGCAACGAUGUUUCUUCUAUUCCACAAACCCCAAAAGACAGGCAGUCGCAGAUGUAUGAGCUCAUCCAGGACGGUCUGGGGAAGACGAAGAAGGAAGCGAAAAUGAAACAGAAGACUGAGAAUGUCGUGAAAAUGGUGCUCGAAGCCAGGAAGAGCAUCGACUUGGCAACUGCAGCUAUAUCAAAUCCUGACGUGUCCAAGAUAUUUUUAAACUCCGCGACAGAGACAAGCGCCAACCGCGAAGGAAUCAAACACGUCCUCUCUAGUGUGGAUUGGUAUUGGAAGUUGGCCGACUACCUUUUCAAGGAGGAUAGAGUCGACGAUACAAAACUGCUACACGAAUUGGAGAAACAAAUUGUUGAACUGUACCGAGCUCUCCUCUCAUACCAAAUUAAGAGCGUCUGCUCGUACUACCGCAACCGGGGAAUCGUCUUCUUCCGUGAUUUGUUCAAGCUUGAUGAUUGGAACAGUGAUAUUACAUCGAUCAAGAACGCAGAAGAUGCUUUGAAGCAGAAUAUUGAUAUGUAUACUAGGCUCCAAAACAGUACCAACAGCAAGAAGCUUGUCGACAUUGUGCUGAGCCAGGAAGAUAAGCAGUUCCCGCAAGACCUGUUUCUAACCAACCCAGAGGAUGACAUGACACUGAUUGAAAACACCAAAGGCCAACUACUGCAUGAUUCAUACGUCUGGAUCCUUGAUGAGCACAAUUUUGUUGAGUGGAGAGAUGGGAGCAAAACCAGAUGCUUUGGAUCCAAGGGAACCCAGGCAAGGGCAAGACAAUUCUUAAGAGGUCUGAUCUAUCAACUGGUGCAGCAAGAGGGGUCUCUGAUCUCGCAUCUCCGCAAGGAGUAUGACAGCGGAGGGUCAUCGCGCUUUAAGGAUGCUAAUGCAUUUAUUGUCCUAUCAAGAAUCCUCACCAACAUGCUUGACGACCUCAACGACAGAACAGUAUAUCUGAUUGUUGAUGCUCUAGACGAGUGUCAGGACACCAAAAUGUCGCCACUCCUGCGUCUAAUCCGCGAGAACACUUCUAGGUCGUCGUCUCUGGUCAAAUGGCUUGUGUCGAGUCGUCACGAUGAGCAUAUCAAGGAGCAACUAACAGUCGGAGAAGGCCAGUUAGACCUGGACUUGAACGCGCAAGAUCAGAUCAACAGAGCUGUGAAUGUGUACAUUGAGCACAAAGUUUCUGAUCUGACCAAGUUGCGCAAUCACAGCAGCGAGGUGCAGAAGGAAGUAAAGAAUUAUAUCAUUGCAAAUGCAGAGGGGACAUUUCUGUGGGCGGCUUUAGUCUGCGAACAGCUAGCAGACCCAUACAAUCGCCCUAAAACACCACUAUCAGUGGUUAAAUCGUUCCCACGUGGACUCGACAGACUUUAUAAAAAGAUGUUGGAACAAAUUCAAGCUCGGAAUGAAGGCGAUCUCGAGGUCUGCAAAGCGAUACUUGCAUCGAUCACCCUUGUCUAUCGACCCAUUCACCUGAGCGAGCUCACCUCUAUCAUUGACCUUCCGGAAGAUUUCUCCGAUGAUACAGAUUCGUUAGGUUACCUCGUCAGGCGUUGUGGCUCAUUUCUGACCAUUCGCCAAGAUGUCAUCUAUUUUGUGCAUCAGUCCGCAAAAGAUUUCCUCAAUGAGAAUCCUGAGAUUUUUCCUAAUGGAUCAUCCCAAGAGCAGAGAGCGAUGGUGUUGCGAUUAUUAGAUAGAAUGUCACACACAUUAAAAAAGGAUAUAUACAACCUUCAGGAACCAGGAUACUCCAUCAAGGACGUGGUGUCGCCUGAUCCAGAUCCACUUGAUCAGAUUCGAUAUGCCUGUCUCUAUUGGGUCGACCACCUAUGCAAGGUUGAUCAGAGUCUGUAUGGGCAUGUUGGACUCUGUGACAAUGGUUCGAUUCAUGAAUUUCUAAGACAGCACUUCCUUCACUGGCUGGAAGCUCUCAGUCUCCUUAGAAGCUUACUGAACGCAGUUCUUAUGAUCAAAAAGCUGGAGAAUUUACUUGCUUGCAUCAACAAAAAUUCGAACAACGCCACAGACCUUCUCUCCAUCAUACAAGAUGCAACCCGAUUUGUUCCUUAUAACAAAUACAUCAUCGAAACCACUCCUCUCCAGGUCUAUGUGUCAGCUAUUGUCUUCAGUCCUACCAAGAGCAAGAUUAGAGCACUGUUCGAAAAACAAAUACCAUCAUGGAUUCGUGUAUGUCCAUCGGUAGAGGAGGAUUGGAGCCCGUGCUUGCACACUCUCCAUGGCCAUACUGAGCCAGUCCUCUCAGUAUCUUUCUCUCCUAAUGGAAAGAAGGUUGUUUCUGGAUCAAGUGACAACACGCUUCGGAUUUGGGACUCUGAAACAGGAGCAACAUUGCAUAUACUAGUGGGCCAUACUGUGGCAUGGGACGCUGAAACAGGAGCGCUCCUGCGUAUUCUAACCGGCCAUACUAAUAUAGUCCUCUCAGUAUCAUUCUCUCCAAAUGGGCGGCAGCUUGUGUCUGGAUGCUAUGACAAAACCGUACGGAUCUGGGACGCUGAAACUGGAAUGCCAUUGCACAUACUAAAGGGCCAUAGAGAUUGCGUCAACUCAGUGUCAUUCUCUCCUGAUGGACGGCAGGUCGUAUCUACUGGUGAUGCGUAUGGUGGAGAAGUUCGGAUUUGGGAGAUCAGCACAGGAAUAUUACGCCAUACCUUAAGAAUUAAUGAUUACAGAGACAUGGCCAUGUCAGCAUCAUUCUCACCUGAUGGACGGCUGGUAGCAGCUGGUAUGAUAAAUAAUCACAUUCAGAUCUGGACAGUGGAAACAGGCACGCUUCAACAGACGCUCGAGGUCUACUCGGCUUCCUCAAUAUCAUUUUCUCCCGAUUGGCGUCAGGUAGUUGCAUUCGAACGGGACGAAGAGACAAUACAGAUUUUAAAUGCUCGGACCGGGGAAGUGCAGCAGAAGCUUGCAGGACAUUCUGCCGCUAUUCUCUCAGUGUCAGGACGGCGAGUAGUGUCUGGUUCAGCAGACAAUACAGUACGGAUCUGGGAUGCUAGGUCAAGAGGAGCACUGCCACAUAUAUCAGGAUUACACCCAAAAAAUAGGUCCUCCUUGUUAUCCUUCUCCGCAGAUGGCCGAUUGUUAGCGUCUGCUUUAGGUGGUGUGACAAUACAGAUCUGGCACACAGAAACAGGGGCAAUACAGCAAACACUAACCAGUAAGGAACACACUGUUAUGUCAGUGACAUUUUCCCCUAGUGGACGGCAGCUCGCUGCUGGUUUAUUUGACUAUACAGAACAUAUCUGGGAUCUUGAGACGGGGAUGCUGAGACUAAAACUCGGGGAAAAUACAAAGAUGUUUUAUCCCCUGAGUUGGGGAGUAAUGGCCUUUUCUCCUGAUGGAAAGCGGUUGGCGGCCGACUCAGUGGAUAAAGCAGUACGGAUUUGGGAUCUGCAGGCGGGAAUGCUGCAGCAGACACUAACAGAUCUUUCUGAUUAUGCUCUCUUCGUGUCGUUCUCUCGUGAUGGACGAUGUAUGGCGGCUGGUAACGAAUUGGUCUACAUCUGGGAUGCUGAGACAGGGAUGCUUCGGCAAACACUCAACGCCAAAGAUGAGAUCGAUUCAUUCCUAACAUUCGAUGAUCAGAUAAAAAAUGAUCGGUUAAUUUUCUCCCAGAGGAGAACCAAUCUAUUGACAUUCUCUCACGAUGGGCGGUUGAUGGCAUCGAGUUCACUUCCAAAUCACGAGGUUAAGAUCUGGGAUGCCAAGACAGGAGGGCUGCAAUAUACGCUCACAAAAGGCCCUAAAUUCUCGAAAUUGUCAUUCAGCCACGAUGAUUCCCGUCUUGUGACGAAUUUUGGUUGCAUUGCCUUCGAUUCUUUACUUGCCAGCCAAAGAGUGAAAUGGGUGGGAUACCACCUAGAUACCAACAGGGAAUGGAUUGUUCGGGACGACAAAAGAAUCCUUUGGCUCCCUUCAGAGUAUCAACCGGUCUCCCCGGAGGUCGCAAACGAGAAUUUUGUGAUGGAAUCUAAAACAGGCCGCCUUCUCCUGAUCCGAUUCGAUCCGAACAUUCCUCACCUUGUUAACGAUGACUGA